CGCGUGCCCCCGCAGCGCUCGUGACUGCGCAGCCGAUGCUGAGGAGCGGCGCGCACAUGAACGCGGAUACUUCCAGUAUUUGUCUGCACUUUGAUGGAGUUCUCUCUGGACUGAUGGAGUUUUCUCGGGUGGACGCACCUGUGGAGUCUGGCAGCAGGCAGUGAGCGGGCGAUCAGCGAGACUUUCUUUAGUAAUUGUUGGUAAUGAGGAGCAGCUCCAGCUGAUCUGUGCUCUUUCCCCUGUAGGCGGGUCUCCAGAUGUGUGUGGCUGCUGAUUGGAGGAGGCUGUACUGGUGGGUGGUCCUCCAGUGGGUAGUGGGCGUGUCUUUAUCAGAGCCCUGCGCUCAACGCUGCGAUUGUUUGCCAAAGCUCCUGAUAGCGAACUGUUCAUCAAGAAAACUGUCUUCUGUUCCCGCAAGUGUUCCUGACAACACCCUGACGCUUGACCUAACCAACAACCUCUUAAAGACUCUCUCAAGGGGACAGUUCUCAGGCCUGAUGCAGUUACGCGAGCUGGACCUCAGCGAUAACGCACUAACAGCGAUCGAAGUCGAAGCCUUCGCCGGUUUGCAGAAUCUCGUUGCGCUGAAUUUAUCCCACAACCAUCUUAAGAUCAUCCCAGUGGGAGCCUUCUCCGGCCUCCGCAGCGUUCAGCUCCUGGACAUCAGCUGGAACCAGAUCUUGGUGCUCCUGGACGAUACGUUCGGCGAGAUGCCGUCUCUCCAGAAGCUGGAAGCCAGUGAGAACGAUCUGGUGUUUAUCUCAAACCGCGCUUUCGACGGUCUCUCCGGUCUACAGGAGCUGAACCUGGACAGAUGCAACUUGACGUCGGUGCCGAUCGAAGCGUUUUCACGGCUCUCCGGAAUCAUCCGGCUGCGUUUGUGCCGACUCGGACUCACGACGCUUCCCAACAACUCCUUCCGCCAGUUGGGACGUUUGCGCGAUCUUGACGUUUCCCAUUGUCCUUGGUUGGACUCGUUAGCCGCUAACAGCCUGUUUGGACUCAAUCUCACGUCGCUAACACUGAGCCACUGCAAUCUGAGCGCCGCGCCGUAUUCCCCGCUGCAUCACCUCGUCUACUUGCAAUACCUGGAUUUAUCGUACAACCCAAUCACUAUUAUCCUUUCAAACCUUCUUGGGGAUUUGCUACGACUCCAAGAGCUGCAUCUAGUCGGUACAGGGCUUCUACGAAUAGAGCCUGGUGCUUUCCACAACCUUGCGUUUCUCCGGUUCCUCGACGUGUCGGAGAACCGUCUGGCGACGCUGGAGGAGUCUGCGUUUCAUUCGGUCGCUGCUUUAGAGGUCCUUGGGUUGGACGGGAACCCGUUGGCGUGCGAUUGCCGGCUUCUUUGGGCGAUGCGCAGACGUCCGUGGCUUCGCUAUGAAGGACGUGCGCCGGCGUGUGCAACACCUGUGCAGGUGCAAGGCCGGACGUUCGCUGACUUCACGGAGGCGGAGAUUCCCAGGAUGUUUACAUGCAGACAAGCUCGCAUUCUGACUCGGAAGCCGCAGGAUGUUCGGACGGACGAAGGACAUACGGUUUUGUUCUUCUGCGCAGCGAAUGGAGAUCCGGCGCCAUCGAUUAUUUGGCUGAAUCCCAAACGCUCUGUUCUUACCAGCUCGGGCCGGAUUCGCACGCUCGCUAAUGGGACCCUGGAAGUGCGCUACGCACAAGUGCAGGAUAGCGGGUAUUACCUGUGCAUCGCUUCGAACGCGGCGGGGAAUGACAGCGUCUCGGUGAGCCUGCGUGUGCGAGGGCUUCCAGCGUCCGCUCGCAACCGCUCCGGCUCGUUCUUUCUGGAAGGAUGGAGCUUCGCGUCCGGGCAAGCGGCGGUUAACGGAUCGCAGCCGCUUCCAUUCGACGUGAAGACGCUGGUGAUCGCGGUCACCAUGGGGUUCCUUCUGUUCCUGAGCUCGGUGGCCGUCUGCUUCGUCUUCAUGUUUUUCUGGAGUCAGAGCAAAGGACAGAUCAAACACACGGCGACGAUCGACUUCGUGCCACGCAGCGCAGCGACGGCGUCCGGAGGCGGACGGACAACGAUGGAGACGGGGAGGUUCACCAUGAAGCUGAUCUGAGAACUUGAGAUGUUUGAGGUGCUACUAGAUAUCCAGUUUCCCAUGAGCUUAAACACGCGGGUAAGAUAAGAGAGGUUAGUUAAACACAAAAUAAAAAAAUAGCUGGUUUCCAUGCCACCAGUGCAUUGUGUUCUCCACCAAGUGGAGUGUUGAAAUCCUAUUGGUUGACCUGGCAGUGGGCGGAGCCACACAGACAUUCUGACACGGAACACACAGUUUUAGAGCAGAAUAACCUGCUCAAGUAUUCUUUUUUGUUUAGGGAGAGAGAGAGAAACAAGUAUGUGAACUUGGCAUGUCUCCGUAAUAUCUGCGAAUGCAUUACGGUAUUUUUACGCUGAUGUAAAACUAAAACUAGUAAAACUAAAGUAAAAACUGAUUGAAUUUAAUUGUCAUAUGGAUGCCACUGUGAUUUAAUUAGAUUCCUGAUGAUCAAGUUUGCAGUAAUUCAGUUUGAGAUGAGCUUUUUUAAGGUUUCGAGGCUUUAAAUCAGAUAAUUUUAGCAUGAGCUGCAUGAAUGCAUGUGUGAGACGCUCCGAUCACAUUAACAGCAUUUAUAAACCAGAGAAAAUUAGCAAUAAUGAAGCUUUAACUGGACAUAAAAGAUCUCAGGUUGAGAAGGUCCAAUCAUGUUCAAUAAAUCCUGACGUGAUUUUUUAAUGUAUUCUGUGUAUUAAAGGAAAUAUUGAAUGUGCUGCAUCUCAGGAUUGUGUGAAUGUCUGCAUCGGUUGCAUGUGUUUGUACAUUAUUAUAUUUUGCUGAUGAAGCUUUUAGAUAUGAAAGCUGUGCAAAUCUGUUGAUGCAAACGGUGUGUUUGCUGUGGAAGAUCUAUGCAUUUAUGUAUUUACUGGCUUAAAUAACAGCUUCAUGCAAUCUGAUUCAGAGCAAUAAUGUCCCAUCAUGCACUGCUGUUUUAUUAGCAUAAAUGAUCAUUUGAUAAAAGUGGUUUGUUCGUUUGUUUAGAUUCUCUCUUGAACUCUAAUGAAUCAGUGUUUCAGAGUUCAUGAAGCAUCUCAUGUCUGUCAUUUGUUUUUUGCAUAAAUUAAAAAAAUUAUUUUUUAUUGUUCUUAAGACAGUUUAAAAUGUACUAGUUUAAGAACGACUACAUUCACUUGUUUAAACACGAUUGUUUACUGUUUUUAGUUUUUCUUUUUUUUACUUUUAAAUGAACCAUUUACUUUUGAUUUUGGGAAAUCAUCUUAAUGUCUGUCUUUUUAAAAUGAAUUGGUUUUGCAAUUUUUUGUAAGAAAUGUCUGCCAAAAGCAUAAAAGUCUCCUUGAAAUGA